UGGAAAUGCUUAUUCACUGCUAUAGGGUUCAACCCUAAAGAAAAACUAUAUAUUUAUUGUGAUAAUUGUCAAAUAAUUGACCUGCUUACUAAGCCUAAUUUAAUUUAUAAAACUAAAUUAAAAUAUGUGGAUAUUAGUAAUCACUGGCUCAGGCAAGAAAUUAAGAAAAAAUCUAUUAAAUUAAAAUAG